AUGAGUUCUCCAUCCACAACACGUCAACAACGGCGGCAGUCCAAACUGCCUUUGGGAUUGCAGCCUCAUCAUCUCGCUCUUGCUUUGUAUUUCACCUCGAUCGUUGUGCUCGGGACCGUAUACAGCGUGGUCUACGGCACACAUCUCGAUAACGUUCGCAUCUCGUCCGGCGUUGCUGGCUCUGCAAAUUCGCAGUUUCCAGCCACGCUUCCAGGAGCGGCCGUGGCACCGGCGCCGAUUCAGAACGGUGUAGAGGGCAUGACCAACCUCGGACCCAUCCCACCGACGAUCCUCCUGCCGCCACACCAUGCGCUCAACUACUGGGCCAAUCGCAAAAACAUUGUCAACCAGAUUUUCGUGAAAAAGGCUUGGCUCUGGACGACGAUUGCUUGGUUCCUUCAGCUCUUCUUCCUCAGGCUCGCUCCUUCUUCGUCCACCACGGCCACGACAACAACGACAGCCUCAGUCAAGCCCCGUACAUCCGCUGUAGUGGGAAGCCGCGUCGAUCACAAGAAGGACGAAGACACUGUCGUCGAUCCACCCGCUCAAGCGACCAUCACGAGCCCCGUCUCGAUCUCGGUGCUGCGCUACCUCAUCGCAACCGCACUCUGGCUGCUCUUUGCCAAUUGGUUCUUCGGCCCUCCUCUCUCCGAGCGCAUCCUCACCGCUACCGGUGCCGUGUGCGUGCCGAGCACCAACCCGGACCAGUCGCCUGUCGAGGAUCUCUACUGCCGCACACGCACGCCUCUCUCCACCUCCAGCCACCCCGCCCUGUUCGCCACAAGCUCUGCAGCGUCCAAGAGCAUCCGCGCAAUCUGGAAGGGCGGCCACGACAUUUCGGGACAUACGUUUAUCAUGGUGCUCUCGUCGCUGCUGUUGCUCGAGGACGUUGCACCGUACCUGUCGGUGCUGCUGGGUCGAAGUGCGAUCGGAGGGCUGUUGGGGGGCGUGAAGCGCGGGGGUGUAGGCAGGACGAGGUGGACCGGCUCGGCGUAUGCUGCGGUGGGAGCGAGUGUGGGAUUGGUAGGCUUGUGGAGCUGGAUGUUGUUGAACACAGCCGUGUACUUCCACACGCCCCAGGAGAAGGUCUCGGGCUUGCUGGUGGGAUUGUUGGCUUGGCUGGCUCUGCCCAAGGGCAACUAG